AUGCCUGACCGGGACAGCUAUGCCAACGGCACUGGGAGCGGCGGUGGAGGCCCUGGAAGUGGGAGCAGCGAGGAGGCCGGUGGAGCAGGGCCAGGCAGCGGAGGGGCCAGCUCAGAUGCCAUCUGCAGAGACUUCCUGAGGAAUGUGUGCAAACGAGGCAAGCGUUGCCGAUACCGCCAUCCAGACAUGAGUGAGGUGUCCAACUUGGGGGUGAGCAAAAAUGAGUUCAUCUUCUGCCAUGACUUCCAGAACAAGGAGUGCAGUCGCCCAAACUGCCGAUUCAUCCAUGGCUCCAAGGAGGAUGAGGAUGGCUAUAAGAAGACAGGAGAGCUUCCCCCUCGGCUGAGGCAGAAAGUCGCAGCAGGCCUGGGCCUUUCUCCAGCUGACCUACCGAAUGGCAAGGAGGAGGUCCCAAUCUGCCGGGAUUUUCUCAAAGGUGACUGCCAGAGAGGAGCCAAGUGCAAGUUCCGUCACCUACAACGGGAUUUUGAAUUUGAUACUAGGGGUGGAGGCGGCACCGGUGGUGGGGGCUCAACAGGCCCAGUCCCCCCAGGACGACGUCAUGAUCUCUAUGACAUCUUUGACCUCCCUGACAGGGGCUUUGAGGACCAUGAGCCAGGUCCCAAGCGCCGGCGAGGAUGCUGUCCCCCAGAUGGCCCCCAUUUUGAAUCUUAUGACUAUAGCCUGGCUCCACCCCGAGGGGUGGAGUGCAGGCUGCUGGAGGAGGAGAACGCCAUGCUCAGGAAGCGGGUAGAGGAGCUCAAGAAGCAGGUCAGCAACCUUCUGGCUACCAAUGAGGUACUCCUGGAACAAAAUGCCCAGUUCCGCAAUCAGGCCAAGGUCAUGACCCUGAGCUCUACUGCACCAGCAACUGAGCAGACUCUGGCUCCCACUGUGGGUACUGUUGCCACUUUUAACCAUGGCAUCGCCCAGACUCACACUACUCUCAGCAGCCAGGCUCUACAGCCUCGGCCUGUGUCUCAGCAAGAACUGGUAGCCCCCGCUGGAGCUCCAGCUGCUCCCCCAACUAAUGCUGCACCUCCUGCUGCUCCACCACCCCCACCCCCACACUUGAACCCAGAGAUCACGCCACUGUCAGCUGCUCUGGCUCAAACAAUUGCCCAGGGAAUGGCACCCCCACCGGUCUCCAUGGCUCCUGUGGCUGUAUCUGUGGCUCCGGUGGCCCCUGUGGCUGUAUCGAUGGCCCAACCCUUGGCAGGAAUCACAAUGAGCCACAGCACCACUCCCAUGGUGACUUACCCCAUUGCUUCCCAGAGCAUGCGUAUCACAGCCAUGCCACACUGA